CAUCACCCUUCAUUAGAAACUUGCCAGUAUGACCCUUUUGUAGAAAUGGCACAUGCUGAAAUGGAGCACACAAGCACCUUUGCUCACAAGAAAAGAAAAAAAAGGAAGAAAACACAAGCUUAAGAGAGACUACUGAAACAUGUGCUACUACAACUGAUUGCAAUCUCAGUCAGUGGCCUUGCACUGCAAAGUGCAGAGUAGCAUUACCACAAUAGGGUCCUCAGAGCCAAAUCUUCCGAAAAUGAUAGCUACCUGAUGAACCUAAGUAGCAAUCUCUCACCAUUUCGACAGUGGACGCCGAACCAAAAGGAAUCCCACCAUGACAAGCGUCUGGCCUUCCAAUAUCUGAUUGCACUACAGCUAGCUGAACUGGUCUGGCCCUCACACUUCACGUUCACCCCAAUUAACAUGGGGUCCUCGCGGCAAAACAUCUCAGCAUGGCUGCACAGGUGUUGUCCAAUCCAAGCACCGAAAGCGCACUACGACUGCCUCCGGCACGCGCCAAACACUUGACCCCAUCAGAACCUGAUCCGAAAUGUACGCACGUAUCGUGGCCAUGGCCUUGUCCCUUGCCAAUCAUCUCGCUUGACUGGACGCCCAGCUCUUCCCUUCAGCUAUAUAUUCAUGGUCCAGCAGCAUCCGAACACCAUCACUCGCAGCUUCACAAACAAAGCAUUGCAGACUCAACUCAGAGCUCCCCAGUUUCCAACCAGAUAACCAGAGAAAGAAAGAGAGAGAGAAAAGAAAGAGCCAACCAACCAUGAUCAGCGCCAAGAGGAUUGCUCAUCUGGCCAAGAAGUGGCAGAAAAUGGCAGCACUUGGGAGGAAGCGGCUCACUUGGAGGGUGGCAAAGGAAGCCGACGAUUGCUGCACCUCUGUAGCAGACAAGGGCCACUUUGUGGUGUACACAGCUGACGGGAGGCGGUUCGAGGUUCCAUUGGCGUACCUUGGCACUACAGUCUUCACUGAGUUCCUGCAGAUGUCCCAAGAGGAGUUUGGCUUCACGAGCGAUGGGCGGAUCACACUUCCUUGUGAUGCUGCAGUCAUGGAAUACGCCAUGUGCCUGCUCAGGAGAAGCGCCUCUGCCGAGGUAGAGAAGGCAUUUCUGAGCACCAUGGCAAUGACAUGCCACUACGCAAGAUGUGUGCCACCAUCUCUAGGAGUUAGCCAGCAGGUUGCUGCUUGCAGCUCCUAAAUCUAUGUAAAGUAGUUCGCUGUAAGUAGUGGGAAAAAGCAAGCUGUUAUGUAGAGCCCCAUGAUCCUGCAAGCAAUCAAGGAAGAUGGCAAAGUCGCAAGUUAGAGCCAUUAUUCUUGUUCUUUGUAAGUAUGCUUCAUUGCAGAGAUAAAUGAUUACUCACAUUUUAGGACUUACAUUAUAAGGCAACAAGUUUCUUCGGCGCAAUCUUACGACUUCAGAUCUAAAAGGUUACUGCCUGUGUCACAACGCCAUACCACGCAGAACUGCCAUUCCCCACUCCAGCCGAACCAAACCAUGCCAUUGACUCCGGCCCUUGACCCUGGAUCCCUAGUGAAAUCACAAAUGGACAAGGGUGCUGAGAUUUGGAGCAAGAACAGUGCAUGGUGUUUAACGAAAGAUGAA